UUCAGUGACUCCCUUACUCCCUCCUUCCUCACCCUCUUUCCUCCUUCGUUAUGGAAGGUGCAGCUUCAUGCAGGCGCCGAGCCAGAUCCUUAGACGCUAGACCCCUACAGUAAAAUAGAGGGAAGUCCAAAAUGUAAAGGCUUUGUUAUCCUUGCGCGCUUGCACCCUGGUGGCGACAGAGUGACAGAUUUAUUUCAUUAACCCGUCUCGAGUGACCUUGGCUGGGGCUUAAACUCUGUGCGCCCCUCCAGGUUCACUAUUCAGAGCUGCACUCUCCAAGUCGCAGCAGCAGCAAAGGCAUUUUGGGGACCCAAAGGGCUGUCAACAUGAGCCCAAACACAAAGACCGCUGCGUUGCUAUGAGGAGAGGGAUUGUUUCUGAAAGUCAUAUUCUCCCAGUCCCAAUGAGAACCAUGAGCACUGUGGAGGAGGAGCCGGACCACAUGAUACCAUGAAGAGAAGCCUGCAGGUCCUGCGCCGCCAGCUGCUGAAUGUCCUAGUGAUCCUGGCUGUGCCAGUGGGCCUGGUGUCUUCUACCCAGGAGCUGUACCCCAGCCGGACCCCCCAGGACCCUGUCUCCAUGGCAGCGCCCCACAGCAGCCCCCCUAACCCGCUCUCGGCCCUGGCCCCCCCAGACUGGCAGCAGGAGGGCUCCAGCAGCGGGGAUUCUUGGUCCCCACAGGGAGGGGCAAUGCCCACGGGCAUCAUCCAGCCCACCGCAUCCCACAGCUCUUGGGGCUGGCAUCUAAACCACAACACCAGCCUGGCACACAUUAUAACACCACCCAGUAGAGACAGCCUCAUUCAAGCUGCAGCUACUGUCAGUCCUAACACUGUGAGCUCUGUGAGAGUUAACCAAGACCCUGGCCUUAGCUCUGCCAGCCCCAGCCCAGUCAAGCAGGCCCACUCCCCCAGCUCUAGUGCUCUCAACCCGGGCCACAGCUCCAGUUCUCUCAGUGCAGACCAGGGCCUCAUGCCCAACUCGUUCAGUGUAAAUAAAGCCCGUAGCCCAGAUACUGUCAGUGUUAACCAGGGCAACAGCCCUCCUAGCCUUACCAGCUCUGGUGGCCCGCAUAGUGAGGUGGCUCCAGACUCUGGGUCUUCCCUGGUUCCUCCAAUGCCCAGCCCACUCACAGAGAGAGGGCAUACUCUUGACCCGGAGCUUGGUGGUCUCCCGUCCCCCACACACACGCAUGCCCCCCUGGUGGGGAAUGACGAGGAGGCCACAGACCCCAGUCAGCAGGACUUCACCAGUGAGCUGCAGCCUUCCUCUCUCUCCUCCUCCUCCUCUUCCUUAGUGGAUGCUGCUCUAGAUCAGACCCUCAGGGAGCAUGUUGAAGCCACGCCCGAGCUGUCCCAACCCCACGCCAUCACCCUACGGGGGGUGCACCCAUUGGUCAACGAAAGGCCCACCAGGGAGCUCAAAACAGAGGGGCCUGCCUCUCCAAAAGAGAGCCCACCAGACAAGCCCCCUCCCCUCCCCGGCCCCCACCUCUCCAUCUCCCCCUCCCUGACCCAUGCCAGUCUGGCCCCAAAGUCCAGCCCUGUCUCCACCAAUGGUACCACAACCAAUGACACCGCAGCCCAGGAGACAGGCAGCGGCAGGGCCCCCCCUCAGGGUACAACAACAGACGAUGCCCCCCUUGGCCCACAAAGCCCACUUGGCAAUGCCACUUUUCAUAACGGCAGUGUGGAGGGCAGCCCUAGCAAGAACCCCUCCUCCCAGUGGAACAGCUCGUCCCCUACGGAGCCUCCCUCCACGGCCAGUGGGAACUUUCUGAACCGCCUGGUCCCCGCCACCACCAGGGACCCCUGGGGUCCAGGCAACGGCUCUGGCCCUGCUAUGGACUCGCCGCUGUCCCGCGCCACCAUCUGCCUGAGCAAGAUGGACAUCAUGUGGAUCGUGUUGGCUAUCAGUGUGCCUGUGACCUCAUGCUCUGUCCUGCUGACUGUGUGCUGUAUGAGGAGGAAGAAGAAGUCUUCAAGCCAGGAGAAUAACCUGAGCUACUGGAACAAUGCCAUCACCAUGGACUACUUCAACAGGCACGCGGUGGAGCUGCCUCGGGAGAUCACGUCCCUAGACAACGCUGAGGAGCAGGAGACGUGCCUACCUCCUAAUGGAGACUACAGCGACAGCGGGGUGGUGCUGGUUAACCCUUUCUGCCAGGAGACCCUGUUCAUCAACAGAGAGAAGGCCUGUGACAUCUAGAGCGGACAGAUGCUGGUCUGGUGGCCAUGUCCUGAUACCACCGGUACAAGACUGUCAAAAAUAAAAGUCUGACUUUCAAAAUAAAUGUCCCCCGCCCUUUUCUCCCUGUCGUUGUCAUUUUUAUACAUGUGGUUAACUUCAGAGACACCCACUUUAUACUGUAUAUUAUGAAUACAUAAACGAGACGAAGAGAAGAGCUAAAAACAGACACUAUUUACUAUGAGGGUUUGCCUGCAUAUUUUUCUGAUGUACAUUUUCUACAAAAGCUUAAUUGUGAUAAUGGUUUUUAUGU